GACAGUGGAGGCAGUGGGUGGCAUAUAUUGACCUUGUCAACCCCCCCCCCCCGUGACUAAGCCCUCACGUCUGUGACAGGCCUAUAAAUCCCUCAUGGUCACAUAGUCACUGUUGGAAGGAGUUUAAUCUGCAGCACACUGUAGAGAAAAUGAACAGCAAGCGACAGAGAGAAGCCAUCACCUACAGGAUGAAGAAGCUGGCAGCGAAGCGGGAGGAGAUAACGAGAAAGACCAAUGCAGUGAGGGAGAAAAUCCAGAAGAAGUACGAGGACAUGAAGCGGGUUUUGGACGAAGAUCUUCACAUCACGCUGACCCAGCUGGACACCGAGCGCGAGGCCGUGGAGCGGUUGGUGGAGGAGAGGAUCGAGGUCUGCCGCCACCUGAGCCAGGACCUGAACCUAGAACUGGACAACCUCAGUGCACACGUGAAAAACGACGCACAAGAAGUUGACAUUCAGGACGCUGAAACAGACAAAAGAAUUUCCGAGACUCUGAAGUCGACUGACCCUGACCUGAUUCGGACGGACGAGUUCAGGAAUGAACAGCUGCUGAGUCUCACCAUCAACCUGCUGCUGUUCAUCAGAUCCCAGGUCCCUGUCACCAAGAAACUGUUUCAGAGCUAUGCUGCAGAUGUCGUCCUCGACGCAGACACCGCCCACCCCAAGCUGAUCAUCUCUCCCAAAGGCGACUCGGCCACCUACACAGACACCUGGCGGGAUGUCCCAGAGACUCCCUCCCGCUUCGACAACACCCUGAAUGUCAUCAGCCAGCGAGGCUUCAGCGAGGGCCGCCGCUACUGGGAGGUGGAGGUGAGCGGGAAGACCUACUGGGAGCUGGGGCUCACCUACCCGAGCAUCCCACGCAGGGGCCGCGUGGAGGACUGCUGGCUGGGCCGAGGCAAAGAGUCGUGGUGCGUGGAAUACUUUAGCGGAGACUACACGGCGUGGCACGGCGGCGUCCAGCACGAGCUGCCGCUGCUGGCAGGGAAACAGUUCGGUCGUAUCGGGGUGUACUGCAGCUUCCCCGGGGGUUUGGUGUGCUUCCUGGGAGCUGACGCCAUGACCCCAAUCCACUGCUUCUGUGCCGGGACGUUCACCGACGACUUACACCCAGCCCUGUGUACUGGUCACGACAACGAAGGAACAAACUGGAAAUCACUUAAAAUCUGUGAUGCUUCCCGAUCAGCUCCUGUUCUGUGAAGUGCAGCAGGAAUGCCCCAGGGGCAGGAAGGAUGGGGCAGAGGUGGUGAGGAAUGUGUUGCACUCUGGGACAUGCGCAUCAGUUGCCUGACCAGACAUUCUUAGCUUUGUGUGAGUCAGCUAGGUUCUCAUGCCUAUUUUUCACAGGUCUAUCUCAAUUAUCGAUUAGAAUCAGAGGAAAUGUUGUUCAUUUCCAGUCAUUCAUUGUUCUCUUCAUGGUGGAAAUUAACGUCAGAGCUGUCCUUCGUACCUUGUUAUUCUACAUAUGAAUCUUAUUCUCAACAAGAUUUCUCAUUCUCAUGAAAAUACCAAAAGCAAAAAUGCAUUAGCUUCACCUUUCAAAACUUUUGAACUUCUUCUCCAAGCCCAGUGUGAUUCCUACUUAAUCAUAUAAAAUGAGUCACGAAUACAGCACAAGUUUAUAAUAAAUUUCCUAAAACAGUUGGGCAACAUGGAUUUUACCAUUUUAUUCAAACAGGACUAUUUUUUUUGCUCUGGAUUAACACACAGGUGCUCUAGUAUCCAGUAUUUACAACAGAAAGUUGCUCCAAAUUAACUUAUGUGCCCAUAUUACUCAUACUGUAAUUGUAUUAUUUUAUUAACUGUGUAAGUACUAUAUAAAUAUGUUAUUAUUGCUGUUUUAAUCAUUUUUUGAAAACAAUAGAGGUCUAGGGUCACAGGAAAGAAAAUCUGAAAUUCUUUUUGUUUGACAGAAUCUUUGUUGGCUUUUGUCCUAUUAUAGGAUUUGAACGUGUAAACAGAAAGCUGUCUACUAUUAAAAGUAUGAAUUGUUGACAAUGGAACCCAACUGUGGGAGUAAUUUACUAGUAGUAAUUUAACUUGGUUAAGUCAAUGAAGAAAAACAUAUUCAUUACCAUGUUAACAGAUGAAAAAAACAUAUGACACAACUCGUUACACAAUAAAUUCUUUAAUACAACAAAAUGUUUACAUAAGCAUUCCUCUGUUUUUUGAAGUCAUUUAAACAAUGUAUUGCCCCAAAUAAAAUAAUAAUAAAAAUAUAGGGCCAGAUUAUAAUUUCAAUGUAAUUCAUUCAUUCAUUUUUCCAAAUAUUUUUCAAAUAUAUUCCUGAGUACAACAGCAUUUAACACCGGAAAGCAUUUUAAUAUUUUUUUUUACCCCUACAAAUGUUUUUUUCCCCUCUUUCAAUUCCAUUCCAAAACAAGUGGAGCAAACACUCCUUUUCCGCACAGGUUGGGCAACACGUCACUGAUCAGAGAUCCAUGUGUCGAGAGGACUCAAGAGUUGUGGCUGUAUUGGACAAGAAGUAGGGAGCGCCAGUACGGAUCACACUGCUGGCCCCCUAAGAGUAUCAUGCAAUUGUUAUCAAAAGAAUUUAAAAAAUGACUGAUAAAAAAAUUACAAAGCGAGAAAAGGAGAGUGUGUGACAAUAAAUGAAAGCUACUGCGGAACUUCUCCUCCCUGGAUUAUUUCUGACACAUGCAGUCGUGUGAACAGUGUAGAGACGUUGUAGCAACAGUGAGAGUGUGUAUUGUGGACAUGUGGGUUGUGUUUGUUCAGACUUGUCACCACCAGUAAUAGCUGCCUCUGUAAAUGACAGACUUUGGCACAAUGAGUGUAUAUGCAAAGACAAAUUUUGUGUAAAUUGUAAUGACCAGCAGUAAAUGUCUUUUAUAAAUAAAAUAUUAAAAUGUAUAUAAUAAUUAAAUAAUUCAAUUAUAAUAAUUCAUAUUGUUUCAAAAAACUUGGCAAAGUGCACUAAGUGCUUUAAGAUAAUACAUUAAAGCAAUGUUUUUAAUGGAUUGUGUUUCUUAAGUCAUUCUAAAGCAAAGCUCAAACUUUAAAAA